UAUUCUCCUUUCUCACUGAAAAUCACAUUUCUCCAUCAUUCUCAUCUCCAUUCUAAAGGUUUGGUUGAGUUGUGUAACUUGUGUUAUGCGAAAUCCGAAGAUGGAGGAGGAAGAGCACGACGUGUACGGAGGAGAGAUCCCAGACGUGGGAGUGAUGGAAGGAGACGUGGACAUGUCCGCCGUCGACGAUGACGCCGUCGUGAAAGAGCUCGACGAGAUGAAGCGGCGCUUGAAGGAAAUGGAAGAGGAAGCCGCCGCACUUCUUGAGAUGCAAGCCAAGGUCGAGAAGGAGAUUGGCUCUGUUCAAGAUCCUUCUAGUGCAGCUGCUUCUCAGGCAAACAAGGAGGAGACAGAUUCUCGGUCUGUUUUCGUUGGCAAUGGUCAUUCUUAUUACUCAGGUUCUAUAAUUAGCGCUGGAAUGCUUAUCUGGGGCCACACGGAGCGCCUCCUUCACAAUCAAAACAGCAAGAGCUAA